GCUGCCGCCCUCCGAGCUGCAAGCCCGGCGCGGCGUCCCCGGCCGCGGCGCGUCCCGCACUCGGCGCAGCGCGCACGGACCCGGCCCCCGCUCCCGCCGCGCUCGCCCCCGACUCCUCCUCCGGCGCCCGGCGCGGCCGCCAAGUCCCCGCCGGCGGAGCAGGGACCGUCCCCGAGUCAACUUUCAGUCCCCCCUCGGCGUCUGCCUUGGCCAUUCUCUUCUGGAAAGAUGGCUGUUUGGAGACGGGGGAGAAGUUAGGGGGUCGCCGCGCGGGGCGAAGGAGGGCGCGACCGCCUCGGCAGGAGCGGGCGGAGGUUUCUCUUCCCCCAGCCCCUCGGGACCGAAAUUGCCAGCUGCAGGAAGGCUGUGAAUCCACAUCCCGCCCAUCAGUCCUCCUCCUGACUCCCACGAUGAGCUCGCCAGUGCAGCCCGAUGGGGUGGCUGGACGCGAGCAGCUCUUGGCUCAGCAGAGAAUGCACAGUAUGCUCAGCUCAGUGGAUGUAAAGUCGGAGGUUCCUGUGGGCCUGGAGCCCAUCUCCCCUUUGGACCUACGGACGGACCUCAGGAUGAUGAUGCCCGUGGUGGACCCUGUCGUCCGGGAGAAGCAGCUGCAGCAGGAGCUACUCCUCAUCCAGCAACAGCAGCAGAUCCAGAAGCAGCUCCUGAUUGCCGAGUUUCAGAAGCAGCACGAGAACUUGACACGGCAGCACCAGGCGCAGCUUCAGGAGCACAUCAAGUUGCAACAGGAACUUCUAGCCAUAAAACAGCAACAAGAACUCCUAGAAAAGGAGCAGAAACUGGAGCAGCAGAGGCAAGAACAGGAAGUAGAGAGGCAUCGCAGAGAACAGCAGCUUCCUCCUCUCAGAGGCAAAGAGAGAGGACGAGAAAGGGCAGUGGCAAGUACAGAAGUAAAGCAGAAGCUUCAAGAAUUCCUGUUGAGUAAAUCAGCAACAAAAGACACUCCAACUAAUGGAAAAAAUCAUUCCGUGAGCCGCCAUCCCAAGCUCUGGGCUGCCCACCAUACAUCAUUGGAUCAAAGCUCUCCACCCCUGAGCGGAACGUCUCCGUCCUACAAAUACACAUUACCAGGAGCACAAGAUGCAAAGGAUGAUUUCCCCCUUCGGAAAACUGCCUCUGAGCCCAACUUGAAGGUGCGGUCCAGGUUAAAACAGAAAGUGGCAGAGAGGAGAAGCAGCCCCUUACUCAGGCGGAAGGAUGGAAAUGUUGUCACUUCAUUCAAGAAGCGAAUGUUUGAGGUGACAGAAUCCUCAGUCAGUAGCAGUUCUCCUGGUUCGGGUCCCAGUUCCCCAAACAAUGGCCCAACUGGAAAUGUCACUGAAAAUGAAACUUCGGUUCUGCCACCGACUCCUCAUGCGGAGCAAAUGGUUUCACAGCAACGCAUUCUGAUUCACGAAGAUUCCAUGAACCUGCUAAGUCUUUAUACCUCUCCCUCUUUACCCAAUAUCACGUUGGGGCUGCCAGCAGUAUCAGCCCAGCUCAAUGCUUCAAAUUCACUCAAAGAAAAACAGAAGUGCGAGGCCCAGGCACUUAGGCAAGGCGUUCCGCUGCCCGGGCAGUAUGGGGGCAGCAUGCCGGCGUCUUCCAGCCAUCCCCACGCCGCUCUCGAGGGGAAGCCCAACAGCAGCCACCAGGCUCUCCUGCAGCAUUUACUGUUGAAAGAACAAAUGCGACAGCAGAAGCUUCUUGUAGCUGGUGGAGUUCCCUUACAUCCUCAGUCUCCAUUGGCAGCAAAAGAGAGAAUUUCACCCGGCAUUAGAGGUACCCACAAAUUACCCCGUCACAGACCCCUGAAUCGAACCCAGUCUGCACCAUUGCCUCAGAGCACAUUGGCUCAGCUGGUCAUUCAGCAGCAACACCAGCAGUUCUUGGAGAAGCAGAAGCAAUACCAGCAACAGAUCCACAUGAAUAAACUGCUUUCGAAAUCUAUUGAACAACUGAAGCAACCAGGCAGGCACCUGGAGGAAGCGGAGGAAGAGCUGCAGGGGGACCAGGCGAUGCAGGAAGACAGAGCGCCCUCUAGUGGCAACAGCACUAGGAGCGACAGCAGUGUUGGUGUGGAGGACACACUGGGACAAGUUGGGGCUGUGAAGGUCAAGGAGGAGCCAGUGGACAGUGAUGAAGAUGCUCAGAUCCAGGAAAUGGAAUCUGGGGAGCAGGCUGCUUUUAUGCAACAGGUAAUAGGCAAAGAUUUAGCUCCAGGAUUUGUAAUUAAAGUCAUUAUCUGAACAUGAAAUGCACUCCAGGUUUUGGUCAAUGGAUAUAAUUUCCUAUCACUGAAUAAUUUGAUUUUAGUGUUUAAGGGUUCUAACUAAUGUGUAUAUAUCUAUAUAGAGGUCUCUCUCUGUACUGAUCUCUGUAUAGAUAUCAAGGUUUCAUUGAAAUUUCACGGGCCAGGAAAUACCUGCUACACUAAUACGAUACCACAUAGUUAUCCAAGUAACUAACAGGCUUUAAAUCCAUCCUCAAGCCUGCCACAUCAAUUACUUCUAAGGAAAACGAACUCACUGUUGUUUUAGUUUCUCUGUUGAGAUCAGUGACUGCUGGAUAGUGUCCCAGUCUGAUCAAUGACACAUUCUAUUAGUUCUUGAUUUCUUUUUGAUAUGUAGAAUUCAAUUUUCCCAGCGUUGUACAUAAUGUAUCAUGCUACAGUCUUGAACACUGUUAAAGGUAGUCUGCCCCUUCCUUCCUCUCUCAUUUCUGUUAAGUGAAAUGUUCUGGUUACCAUGCCAAUAGUCCUAGGUUACUGUAUAGAUUGCAAUUGAAAAUAUUAGGAAUAGAGGUGGUUUUAAAUAUAUAGAUGCAACGUACAGCACUAUUUUAAAUAUUACAUGAUGUCUCACCGAACACUGCUCAUUUUACUUUAUCUUGUGUUAUUUGAUGACACUGUCUAUCAAAAAAAGAUCAAGUGAAGCAGAUGCAAAUGCUGUUAAGAACUAACGUGCAGCCUACGGGCCAAUCAGAUACCCUAUUGUAGUAUCUGCAAUUAUAGAAAACACAGCAACAGUAAGAUUAUCAUCUAAUAUGAAGUCAAAAUCACAUUUAAAAGAAGCAAGCAUAUCAUAUUUUAUUAUCAUUAUCCCUAGGAUCUCUUAAGUAUAAUUCCAUGAUGACAUGACAGACGCCAUACCAUUUUGGCAAAAUUAGCAAGGUGGCCCUUAACAAAAGAACCUACUUGUACAUAAUGCACCUUUAGAAGGACUGUGUCCUUUGAAGUUAUAAAAUACAAACAACUUUGAAGGCAACAGAAGACUGUUUAUUUAAGUCACUUCUUUGUCAGGUUCCUGCUGUUCUCCUACAGAAAACGGAUUCUAUGAGGCUGAGCAGGAAAUGCCUUGUGGAAACAGGAAGUCCAAGUGAUUCAUGUGCUGGGGAAUGUAGGGGGCAGAAACGGAGGAUAGUGUUUUACUCUUUCUGUUUUUAAAGGGCACUCUAUGAAUUGAUUUAUUGUCUAAGAAAAUAACACCACAAGUCGGGAAAUUGUUAAGGAAGCUUUUCACUGGAACAUUUCCUUCAAUACUCCUUUUUGAUAUGUUUACCUUGUUUUAUAGGUUUACUUUUGUUAAGCUAGUUAAAGAUUUGUCAUAUUAAGGCCCCUUUAAUAUGAAUAAUCCAAAUUGACCUAGAAUCUUUGUGACUUUUUUUCCUAUUAAAAUAUUUAUAUUUCUAAAUCCGAGGUAUUAAAAGGUGUAGUAUCCUGUUUCAAAGGAGAUACAGCAGUUUUGCCAAAUGUAGACAUUGUACAAUUGUAUGUUACUGGCAUGUGUUGUUUACAUUUUGCUGUGACAUUUAAAAAUAUUUCUUAAAAAAAGGUUACUGCUAAAGAUACAUUAUCCUUUUUUAAAAAGUCGCCAUUCAAAUUAAAUUAAUAUAACUAGAAGUUAGAAAGUUUAAAACUUUUCCAUAUAAUGAAAAAAGACCUGAUAAUUUGACAAAUAGCUAUAACACUUCCUAUUACCAACAUAUUUUGGUUAGUAUAUUCCUUCAGAUUAAAAUGACUUUUUGUCAGUUAUUUUGCAUUAAAAUAUGGCAUUCCUAAGAUAAAAUUGUAUAUUUUCUCCAUCUCAUAAAUAUACAUUUUCUUUAAAGUCUUUUUUUCAAUUUCAUAAAAAAGGGAUAGUGCAUCUUUUAAAAUACAUUUUAUUUGGGGAGGAACAUGUGGCUGAGCAGACUUUUGUAUAAUAUUACUUCAAAGAUAUGUAACGAAGAACAAAAAAAAGCCUAUUUUUUAUAAUGUCACUUGAGAGAGCUUCAUCAGUACAGUUGGUGGACGUUAAUUUGUUUGAAUUUGAUAUUCUUUGAAUUUAAUCAAGAAACUACCUGGAACCAGUGAAAAGAAAAGCUGGACUUAAAUAAUCUUAGAGCUAAUUGAUAAUUGUCUCUUUUAAAAUCUACUGUAUUUAUUAUAAUUUACACCCUUGAUGGUGAUUUCUUGUUUUGUGUUGUAAAUAUAUUGUUUGUAUGUUUCUCUUCUUGCCUUCUGUUAUAAGUCUCUUCCUUUCUCAAAUAAAGUUUUUUUUAAAAGAUCCCCUUUCAUACAUAUGGCUUUGUGUAAAUUUGAUAUCUAAUCGAAUUCGAAGCUCAUGCAAUAGGUGUCACAUACCAAAAUAUAUUGCCAUUCUUUGUUGAAACAGAAAAACAAACAUAUUUUGAGUAGUUACUUCUAUGCCAUUAAAAAUAAUAAAUCCAACAAUAAUGAUUUUAAAGUAUUUAUGUCAGCCAUGAUCAAGUAGCAAAUACAGGUAAAAUUUGUUGCAUUUUUAAUACCCCAGUGUGGCCUUUUCCAUGAUAUGUUAUCAUCUUGAUGUCAAUAUAAAAUUUUAUGUAAAUAGAUGUCAAUUCCUAACUUUUCUCAACUUAAAAAAGUUAUUUUAAUCAGAUUAAUGUAAUCCCUUGAAUAUAACAAGCACUCAAUAAAUAUGAAUAUAAAUAAUUUAUCAUGUAUUAUAACAGUACUAUCUACUACAGUGAGAGUCUGACCUCUAAGUAUAAAGUGAUAGUACAUAAAUUUAAAGAGAAAGGAGUAAUUAAAUUACCUCACCUUAGAUGGAAAUAAUUAUUUAAUACGACUGUGAGAAAUAAGGAGUCUGACUCAGGUAAAGGGAACUGGGCCAGACACAUCCCCCAGGCCAUGCCAGACCUUGUUCCUCUUCUGGUCAAUUGCUAGCAAAACUUAUUAGCCAAUAGUUCAUAAUGUGUUGUUGUGUAUUUGGUUCAAUAGGUUAAAAAUAUUUGUUGUAUUUUCUUUGAUCCCCUUAACCUAACUGAUAGUGUCAUACAAAUUAAAGUUACUCUAAGUCAUAACAGUAUUGCCCUAGACUGUUAAAAAUACUGGAGCUAAUAUCAUUGACUAUUAUAAAAUGGACUAUCAUUCCAUAAUGCCAUACAUUUGAUAAUUUGGUCAGAAUUGUGGGAAUAUCUUCGGUAUUAGUCAUGCUUUCCUGAAAAUUGCCUUUGGACUGUAAAAUUACAAGAUGAACUAGGUACCAGCCAUCCUCAAAAAAGAGAUGGAGGAUUCAAUUAGAUAAUGGUUUUAUACUGUAUGUUUGAUUUCCAAAGUGUAAAGUGGCUAUUUCAAUAAAAAGCAUCAGUCUCAGCUUUUCUGAAGAAAGUUUUUCUCUUUUCUGAAGAAAGUUUUUCUUCAGAAAAGU